CUUUUUUGAAUGUCUAAAGAGGUAAUUGGGAGAAAUUAAUUUUAGCAAAAAUUAAAAAGGUUUCGUUAUGUUUCAGAAUCAUUAGAUUAGUUUGAUUUGUUUGAUUAGAAGGAAUUUACUCUUCCAAAUAAUUAAUAGUAAUAUAAAAUAUUGAAUUAGGUUUUCACAAGAAUGUUUUGAUGCUUUUUAAAAAGCAUACUCAUAAGACAUACCUGUCUAAUUAUCAAAAAAAACUGAGAUUGAGGAUGAUUAAGAGUUUUUUAUAUUAAAUAAAGACACAGGACUUAAGAUUGAUUGUAGAAAUUUAGAGAAUUCGAGAAUUCCAGUAAUAGAUUUAAAAGAAGUAGCAUGGAAAAAUUAUUGGAAACAAAGUAGAGAAAUCAGUGAGUAGCUACUUUAGCUUGUUUAGCAAAAUGAAAAGGAUAAAGUCAUGGAAUUAAUUGCUAAUCCUGAUAUCUACAUUGAUUUCAAUAUUAAGUAUAAAUAAUUAAAAUCUACAGAGACUUAGAUGAUUGGACUCCACUUCAUUUUGCUUGUUCGUUUAAUAAUUUAGAGCUAGUUUAAUUGUUACUAAAAUAAGAAGCCAAUCCAAAGAUGUGUUCUUUGGAUAAAAAAUCUCCAUUACAUAUUGCAUCAAUAAAAAAUAACCCUGACAUUUGUGAAUUAUUGAUAAACUUUGGAGCUAAUAUAGAUGAACAAGAUUCUGACUUAAAUACACCAUUACAUAUAGCUUCUAAGUAUGGAAAUGAUAAAGUUUGUUAAAUCUUACUAACAAAAAAAGCAAAUUAUUAAUCAAAAAAUAAUUAAAAUUUAACUCCUAUAGAAUUAGCUUCAGAUAUUAAUGUAAUAGAAGUAUUUGAUAUAUAUGGAAUAACUUUAAAUACUUUUACUUAUUCAAGAACAGUAAUAAAAGAAUAGAAUUUAAUAUUACAAAAUAGUAGAAGGGAUCAUGUUGAAAAAUUAUUAAAAUUAGCAUAACAAGAGACUAAAAGAUUUUAAUUAAAUCCAGAAGAUUUAUUAGAGAAUAAUGAAUAAAGAAUGUCAAUAAUCACAAGUGAUAAUAGAUCUACUUGGAAUAAGCUUGUCAAUUUAGCUGUUUCAUUUUAUAGAAUCUCAAUCAAAGGAAAUAAUUUAAAUACUCUUUAAGAAAUAUAAUAAAAUAAAAUAGGACCAGAAUCUUUUUAAUUCUAUCAGAAAUUAGGAGAAGGUGGAUUUGGUGAGGUUUAUUUGGUAGAAAAAGUUGAUUAAGUACCAAAAAAAUAAUAUGCUAUGAAAAUUUUAAAGAAAGAAGAUAUGAAUACUUCAAAUAUAAUAAAAUCUGCUUAAAUUGAAAAGGAUGUUUUAAAAAUGAUGAAUCAUCCAUUUAUAGUUAAAUUAAAUUGGGCUUUUUAAACAAAUGAUCGAUUAUAUCUUGUAAUGGAUUUAUGUUCAGGAGGAGACUUAGCAACUCAUUUAGAAUUAUUAAACUCAUAUCCUGAAAAUAUAGUUAGGAUAUAUGCAGCAGAAAUUACUUUAGCUCUUGAAGCAUUACAUUCUUAAGGAAUUAUUUUUAGAGAUUUAAAACCUGAAAAUAUUGUUUUAGAUACUGAUGGCCAUGCUUUGCUUACUGAUUUUGGACUUUCUAAAUCAGGUAUUGAUGAAGAAAUAUUAAAUUAAUCUUUUUGUGGUACGUUGGCAUAUUUAGCACCUGAAAUGUUAAUGAAAAAAGGACAUGGAAGAUAAGUUGAUUGGUAUAUGCUAGGAAUAUUUAUUUAUGAACUACUUGUUGGAGCUCCUCCUUAUUAUGAUUCUGAAAAAGAAAUUCUUAAAGAAAAUAUUAAAAAAGCUCCAUUAAGAAUUCCUAAAAGUUUAAGUUAGGAAGUAAAAGAUUUAAUUAUUAAAUUACUUAUAAGAGAUCCAAAAAAAAGAUUAGGAAGCAUAGAAGAUGCAAAUGAAAUUAAAUCUCACCCUUGGUUUAUUGAUAUUAAUUGGUAAGAUUGUUACAAUAGAAAAUUAAAACCACCAAAACCUCUUUUUAAACAUGAGCCAAAAGAACCAAGAAAAAUUACUUUCAGCAAAAAUAACAAGAAAAAUAAAUUGGAUGAUUGGACUUUUUUUGAAAAUUGAAUAUUUUAUACUAGC